AUGGCUUGGGUGCGCGAUUGGCUCUUUUUUGGCGCCGCAUGGUGUCAUUUCGUCGCCGCUGCCGCUGCCACUGAUGCGCCGGUUCUUCAUGGCUGCGAUGGAGACGGUACAUUUGGGCCGCCAUUCAACGCAACUGGCACUGUCUCUUUCGCAACAAAGAGCUUCACGCACAACAACGGCAGACCAUGGUAUCUGUCAGUCGGUCUCAAGGACAGGCGUGAUAAAAAUGCCGCCUACCCGGGUGUCCAGGCAGUGACGGGCUAUCUUAGUCUACCCGACGACUAUGUCCGCAGCGCCAGGACCAACACUACGCAAAUGUGUGUGUACCACAUGGGACAACGCAACACGACAGCCUCGCCGGAUGGCUCAUGCCAGGGCAUCAUUGACGACGCAUGCGCCAAGUUGAUCCACGAGUUCCAGGAGUCGCCAUCCUUUUCGGAUGGGAAAUGUCCCCUGCUGCCCUCGGAUGAUGUUUGUGGAAGCCAAAUAUUCCAAUUGGGUACGUCGUCUUUGUCAGAUGACUACAGAAUAGAAGACGAAGAAGAGAAAUAUGCUUAUUUUGAACCAAUUUCAGACACACCAAUUACGCUGAUGCGCAGUAAUUGCUCAACCAGCGUGCAGCCUGCGUUGGCUGGGCUCCCCGACGCGUACAACACCCAGCUAAUCCUUGACUUGGAGUUGCCCUACGGAGACACCAAGGUAGACGAUUUUACUGCGUUUGACGCGCACUUCGCCCAGUUUCUUCCAUUCCUCGGCGCUGAUAUCUGGGCCGGUAGUCGACGGCGACUACGCAGUGGUAGCGGCAUGGUUGUGUGCUGCCUGAUGAUGGAGGAGGGUGCGGUAGGAGGCCGGCGUGAUAUAGUGGCUGAUAUAGUGGCUGGCGCCCUGUGGCGCGGUCCCAGCCCCAACAGCACAGUAUCCCUCACUCAGUCUUCCAUACACUUCAAACUUCAUCAUCAUCACUACCAAAUAGCACCAUCCGAGGUCACCUUUCUCGAGAUUCUUCAAACCAAAGUAGAGAAAAAAAUUGGCAACCUUGUCAUUACCUAUAAAGUCGAAUUUCGGAAGAAGCUUUGCGUCAUGAAAGUGUUUAAGGAUAUCGAAGCCCAGGAUACCUUUUAUACAGAGGCUAGUGCUUAUCGACUACUCAAAGAAAAGGGCUUUUGUAAGCGAGGCCUUGUUCCAAAGUUCUAUGGAACCCUUGACGCUAUUCUUAUUGAAUAUAUACCAAACGCUGAACAGAUCGACCUUAGCAACUUUUCACAAGACAAUAUCGAUACCCUAUCUGAAAUUCUCUUCGAGUUUCAUGAGGCUGGCCUUAUUCACGGCGACCCAUACCCAAGAAAUAUGAUGGUUGUUCAGGGUGUUCAAACGCCUGAUAGAGUUUUCUGGCUGGAUUUUGAUCAUUCGCAGAUGAUUAAUAAGACAUGUGAAUCCUCUCAAACACGGCUUGAAUUAGAAAAAGAGUUGAUGACAGGUUUUGCAAAAGCAUUGUCAGAAGAUGCAAAAGCUGGAAAACUAGAGAAGGCGUUUUAUUUCUACUGCUAG